CGACCAUAUUUCAAUCGAGAGAGCAGAACUUGAGAAAAUAUCUGUAAUGACCCACCCCCACUAUCUCCACCAUCCCCACCAUCUCCACCAUCCCCAACUUCUUUAAAGAGAAAGAGAGAGAUGGAGAGAGAGAGAGAGAGAAAGAGAGAGAGAAAGAGAGAAAAAGCUCACCUGAGCUCGUCGCCGGAGCAACCGUGUGCCGUGAUCACGUUCAGCUUGCCACCACCGAUAAACGCCCUAGGCCAUCAUCGUGUUCCUCUCGUCGAGACGAAGCCGUAGACACCAACCACGCCUCAAACGGAGCCCAAACGAAGCUGCACGCGCCUCCCGAAGAUUCGCCUCGGCGCGCGCGUGAAACUCACGCGCCACCGCCGUCCGCCGGAGCCACCGCGAGUUCCGGCCACGCGCCGCCGUCUCCGACCAACGUUCGCCGGAGCCGCCGUGACCGACCAUCGUCCGUCCGCCGCCGAGAAGCCGCCGCCGCGUCGCCGCGUCGCCGCCGUCGCCGCCGUUGAUUUUCCGAUUUGGAGUCCAUUUGAGCAGCUGGAGUUCAUAGAUACCACCUCUUAUUGUUGCUAAGAUGCCGCCAAGGAGAAGAACCACCCGUGCCCAGACCGCCAGAGCCGUUAGAGACAAUGUAGAUGAGCAUGAGCAGCCCGCAGUUCCACCACCCGCGGCUCCACCAGUUGAUCAGGAUGCAUUGAGACAGAUGGUUCAGGAUGCCGCUAGACAGGCCGCUCAGGAAGCACUUCAGCAGAUUGCCCAGGAGGCAGCCAGGCAGGCCGCUCAGGAGGCCGCCCGAGUAGCUGCUCAGGAGGUUGCUCGUCAGAUGGCUGCCGUUCAGCAGGGACCGCAGAUUCAGGUUCAGCAAGUUCCACUGGUUCAUGUCCAACAAGAUCAGCAGAUUCCAGCUCAGCAUGAUCAUCAGGAUCCCGUUCAGCAGGUUCCCCUUCCACAGGUUCCUCUGCAGCAGGGUCCAGUUCAGCAGUUUGCUCAUGGUGUUCAGGAUCUACCGCCACCACCACCGCGACCUCAUGUUUACCCGGUUUAUAAUGAGAGGUUCUACAGGCUGACAUGUCAGAUGAGAAACAUGGAGAUGGAGCAUUUUAGCGGGACAGUGGAUGCUGUAGCUGCACACGAUUGGAAGUUAGCCUUGCAGCGGAAGCUGGAGAUUAUUGAGUGUCCACCAGAGUUGUCGCUCAGAUUGACUAUGCAGUACCUUCGUGGAGAUGCUCUUAUAUGGUGGGAGGGAAUACGAUUGAGCCAUUUUGGGCCAGAGAGACUUACUUUCGCUGAUUUCAUUCGAGAGUUCGAUAGGAAAUACUUUCCGAAGGAAGCGAUGGAUAGGAAGAAGUGCGAGUUCGAGCAUGUAAGCCAGGGAGAGAUGUCUAUCAGGGAGUAUGAGGUUGUGUUCAACCAACUUCGCAGAUUUGCAGGAGUGGGCAUUUCAGAAGAAGACUUGAUUAGAAAGUUUUUGAGUGGGAUGCGAGUGGAGAUUCGUAACAGGUGUCGCGUAGUCACUUACCACCGGUUGGGAGAUUUGGUGGAGAAAGCUGCCGAGCAGGAGGCAGGCUUGGCGGAGGAGAAGGAACUCGCCAAAGCAGUUCAUGUUAAGUCUGGAAAAGCUCCAGAGUCUCAAAGGAGAGCAGGGGACCCGUCGGGAUUACCGAUAUGUCCUCGUUGCCAUCGCAGUCACAGUGGGCAGUGUAUGAGGUGUCUUACUUGCGGUAGGAUUGGACACAUUGCGAAGUUUUGUCGAGCUAGGCCAUUGGAUACGCCACCAGUCAGACAGAUUGCAGCACCAGCAGCACCAGCAGCGGCACAUGUUUGCUUUGGCUGUGGUCAGCCAGGUCACUUCAUCAGAGAUUGCCCGAGGAAGGACAAUGCGGCACUUCCACCACCACCGAAGCGUCUAGCCAUCGCUCCACGUGUGUUUGCGGUUGGAGAUCCUCAGGGAGCUGAGCCGAUAGCAGGUAUGAGUCUUUUCCAUACUUGUUUGUGUUUGGGUAUUUUGGCUCGUGGUUGUCAUGUGUAGUUAGUAAAAAUCUCGUGUAGGAUCGGUUUUAGUUGGAGGAGAGUCAGCUUAUACCUUAUUCGACACGGGAGCCUCUCAUAGUUUUGUGAGUCCGCGCUUAGUCCAGUCUUGGUCUUUUCGUGGAGUCUUUGAACCGAAGGCUAAGCAGAUCCAGACUGCCGGCACGGAGAAGUUGGGUGCAGUUGGCAUUCAUCACGAUGUACCAGUUCUACUUGGAGGAGUCGAGUUGCUCGGAGAUUUGACGGAGAUGGAGAUGAGCUCCUACGAUGUUAUACUUGGGAUGGAUUGGCUGUCGCGACAUCGAGUAGUCUUGGAUUGUCCGAAGGCAAGAGUUAAUAUCCCUAGAGAAGAAGGAAAGAUCAUUUGCGAGGGAAUUCAGACACACCGGGAAAUUUCUAUCGUCUCCAUGUUGCGUGCAGAAGAGUUAUUGGAAAGUGGAGCAGAGGGAUUCUUGGCAACCAUUUCGAUGGUUAAGGAGGACGGUCAACAGAAGCUGCAUGAUAUACCAGUGGUCGCCGAGUACGAGGAUGUUUUUGAGCCUUUAAAAGGGCCACCACCAGCUAGAGCGGACGUUCUUACAAUAGAAGUAGAGCCAGGAGCAGCACCAAUUUCACGAGCUCCAUACCGUCUCGCACCAACUGAGAUGGCAGAGUUAAAGAAACAAUUGGAGGAGCUAUCUGAUAAGGGGUUUAUCAGGCCGAGUACGUCACCGUGGGGAGCACCAGUGUUGUUUGUGAAGAAGAAAGAUGGGAGUUUCAGACUUUGUAUAGAUUACAGAGGUUUGAACAAAGUGACCAUCAAGAAUAAGUACCCGCUCCCGCGUAUCGACGAGUUGUUGGACCAGUUGCAGGGAGCUUCAUGGUUCUCUAAGAUUGACUUGGCAUCGGGAUACCACCAGAUUGCGAUAGCUGAGGGAGAUGUGCGGAAGACGGCAUUCCGUACCCGUUAUGGACAUUACGAAUUUGUGGUGAUGCCAUUUGGGUUGACGAACGCACCAGCCGCGUUCAUGAAGCUUAUGAAUGAUGUAUUCCGUGAGCACUUAGAUAAGUGUGUGAUCGUUUUCAUAGAUGACAUCUUGGUUUAUUCUCGGAGUAGAGAGGAGCAUGCUGAACAUUUGCGAAUUGUGUUGGGUAAGCUUCGGGAACAUCAGUUAUUUGCCAAGCUGAGUAAGUGUAGCUUUUGGCAGAAGAAGAUUGGAUUUUUGGGUCACGUGGUUUCAGAAGCAGGAGUUGCCGUAGAUCAGGAGAAGAUUAGCGCCAUUUCAGAGUGGCCGACACCUAAGAAUGCGACGGAGAUCCGCAGUUUUCUCGGUUUGGCAGGAUACUACAGAAAGUAUGUCAAAAAUUUUGCUAGCAUUGCAAAGCCAAUGACACGGCUAACAGGAAAAGACACCGAGUUUGAUUGGACAGAGGAAUGUUCGGGGAGUUUCACUGAGUUGAAGCGACAGCUGACCCAUGCGCCAGUUUUGGUACUCCCGAGGCCAGGG